AUGAAGCGAAAAAUGCAAGAUGAAACAUUAUUUGACAACUACCUAGAUGAAUGCAAAGACAAACAACAACAUCGGCUACAUCAGCUGCUACAACAGCAGCAGCAGCAGACUAAACGACAACUCAUCGAAAACGAAAUCACAGAUAAACCCAGCAAUAACAACCCUGAUAUUCACUACUCCCAACCAAUCAGAGAUCAGCCCAAACUCACUCUCUUUAACUCCACUUCUCAUCUCUUCCAACUACUACCAAAACACCUUCUCUCUCACUUUUACUCCCUAUCUCCUACUCUUCUUUUUCCUCGUGUUCUCACAAAUACUACCGACAGCUACGGUACGGAGAAUUCCAAAAAAUACCCCCAAGCUAUCUCCACAUUCACAUUAUACAAUCAACUAAACAGAUUAACAAAAGUUGACGAUGGGCCGAAAGAAUCGGAGCAAACGAAUAUCGAUUCGAUACGAUGUAACGCCGGAAUCGAUUCGAUACGAUGUAACGCCAAUAUCGAUUCGAUACCAUGUAAUUUCGGUAUCGAUUCGAUACGAUGUAACGCCGAUAUCGAUUCGAUACGAUGUAACGCCGAUACCGAUUCGAAAAGAUGUAACAAUUGUAUCGAGUCAGAAAGAUGUAACAGUUUUAACGGUAUCAGUUUGGUUAAAUAUAACGAGUUCAUCGUUCCGAAAGAUGUCUCCUUUGAAGAACCAUUUAAAGAUAAAUUUGAGAAAACCGUUUUAAUUAAAACUGAAGCUGGCGAUUUGAUCUAA